GAAAAUGGAAUAAAAACAGAUCAGGAUAACAUACAUAUCCACAUUCCAAUUCUAACUUUAUAUUAUGGAUGUGAUCUGACUUCUGAAUUUAUUCAAGAUAUUAGAGACGUGAUUAAUAUUUCAGAUGAAACUGAGAAAAAGAAGAACCUUAAAGAAAAAUUAAAUUAUUAUGGUGAAUAUGUAAUUACUUCGGCGACUAUUGGCGGUGUUAUCACAAUUAAAAAUUGGUCUAAAUUUGAUGACAUAAGUAAAUCGCGCUUAAAAGCAUAUCUUCAAUGGAGCAUUGAUUAUGCCAAGGGCAUAAAAGUAAACAACUUUGAAAAAACAUCAAUUGAUGACUUAUACUUAUUUACAAAUUCAAAAAGAAUGAAAACUGCAGAGGAUUUAUAUAAAUGGGUUAAAGACCUACCUAACUCUAAUGAUUUUGAGAUUAUAUCAUAUGAAUCAUUCAAACCUGCUAUUCAAUUGUUACCACAAGAUUUAUUUGAAUAUUCUAAUUUUCAACGUACUGACGAAUCAGAAUUAAUUUCAAAAAUUCGAUCUCGGUAUGAUAAAAUAAAUAUAUUAGAGUGGUUAAUACCACCAGCAUUCCCAUUAUAUACGUAUGAUUGGAUUCAAGACAAUUUUUUACAACAUGGCAUAAUUUUACAGCGUUCAAAGCCAGGAAGGGCUAAAAAAGCUGCUUUUAAAUUUUUAAAGGAACCGAAAAUAACUCCAAUAAAUAAAAUUACUAUCAUCUUAUCGAAACAUAAAAGCCGUCAAGAAGAUUAUUUAUUAGAGAAUGGUAUUAUUUUAAAGAAGGAAGAUGGAAUAGAACUUGAUAAAAUCCCUUAUCCUGAGCAUAGUUCAACACUUAAUAUUCCUUUAGAGGACUUUAAGGACUCUAAAAAGCAACCCUCUAAUGCAAUUUAUUGUCAAAUAAUCUUUCAUACGAUAAAAAUUUCUUUUGACCCAUUGGACAUUGAAUAUUUACGAGAAUUUUCAAAUGCGAUAGAUUCUGCACUUCAGGAUCAAAAUGAAUCAUCUAAAUCUGAAACUCUUUGCAAGUUAUUUGGCGAGGAUUAUGGGCAUUUGUUGCCAAGAACUUUUACUUUGGGUGGAGUUUUGUCAAAAACAUAUAAAUCAAAUACUCACCCUCCCGAAAUUAAAACACAACAACUAGAUCUUAAAUCUAACGAUCCUUAUGAUUGGUUAAAUACUCUUGCGGAUAACCCUAAAAAUUGGAACAUUAUAUCUUAUGAAGAUUGGAUACAAAUAUAUAAAACUAGUCCAUCAGAUGACAUUCUAUGUAAUGAUUCUGAUUCGUCAUCGAAUAAUGGGAUUUUACAUGAUAAAUCCUCAUUUGACACUGAAGAAUGUGGUAUACCAAUACCUACGAUUAUUAAUAUGUUAACUGAAAAGUAUAAUCGAUAUAUUCAUAGCAAGGAUGUUUAUAAUAUCUUAACUUGUCAUACUCGUGAUCGUAUUAAAGGUUUAUCACAACGUUUUCCUGAAAUUAUAUUAAUGGACUCAACUUACAAAACCAAUCAUUUUGGAAUACCACUUUUACUUAUAAGUGGUGUUGAUGCAACGGGAAUUACCUUUUUAAUUGCAAGUAGACUUAUUUCUGAUGAAACUAUAUCAAGCUUUUGUUGGGUUCUUCAACAAUUAAAACAAACAGCUGAUAAUAUAACUAUAAAUAAAAUUCAAACAGUUUUAACUGAUAAAGAUCUCGCCAUACUGUCUUCUAUUCGAAAUGAAUUACCACAUGUCAAACACCAACUUUGUAUUUGGCAUUUAGAACAAAAUUUAGUUAAAAAUUUAACAGGAAAACUUGGUAAUAGAUUUUUAGCAUUUAGUAAAGACUUUAAAAUAACAAUGAUACAAAAUACUGAAGAAACAUUUGAAGUUAGUUGGAAUCAUCUUUUGAUAGAGUAUCCCGAAGUUGAAAAGGCUAGCAAUGCACACUUAAAACGUUUACUUGGUCAUACAGUACCUUUGCCUGAGUUAAUAAGCGCAUUAGAUAAAUUAUCUUGCCAACAACUUCAACAUUCACAAUAUCAACAAUAUCGUAUACGUGGAAGUACUCGUCAGCAAUGUCCUGAAUUACUUAAAAGCAUUUCGGCAAUUAUAUCAAAUUUUACAUAUUCAUUAAUUUUAGAACAAUACAAUUUAGCUAAUAUCAAGAAUUAUUCUAUUGAAAAACAAGAUAGUUUAUUUAAAGUUUAUUAUAAUAGCAACUACAAACAUAUUGUAUAUCAAACUGAUAUAGCUUUAGUUUGUAGUUGUAAUUAUACUACACAAUUUUCUCUUCCAUGCCGUCAUAUUAUUGCUCUUCAUCUUUUUAGUCAAAAAGAAAUAAGCAUUAAUUAUAUUGGUAAGCAUUGGAUAGUAAAUACAUAUAAUAGAACACAACAAAUUACAUCAGAUAUUGAUUUUACCGCAACUGUUGACUUUGCUAAUUCUGCACCAACUGUCGAUUUGGACAUUAAUUCUAUACCA